CCCACUGACCAGAUAAGUUUUCAUUCAAGAAUUUCAAUUUCCACGAGGAUUGCGUGAAUUUGUGUGAUCGAAAAGAAAGUCCGCAGCGAAGAUGUCGAGUUCACCGGGUGCCCGAAAGGCGCCUCCAAGGCCGAAGAUUCAGCUUCCGUUACCGGGACAAUAUUAUCCGCAAACGUAUGUGCCGACACCGUACGGUCAGACCCCCAUACCGAUGACGCCCGUUUCCGGUCAGCCUCAGGUGAUCUACUCGAAUCGGGCCAGCGAGUUUGUCUUUAGCCAAUUCAAGGGUAUCAAGGACCUGACCAAAUCUGGAUUGAGCGUCGGGGAGAAGAGCGCGUUCUGGCUGUACGAGAAGGUCAGUUCCUGGAGCAAACGGUGGUUCACGCACAUUUUCUUAUUUGUUGUCGUGCUUUUGUACAGUAUCGGGGGCGCGAUGAUCUUCGUCACGAUCGAGGGAACGCACGAGGACGCGGCGCACACGAACAUAAGACGCGAGAGGAACGAAACGCUGACGGUAAUCAGAGAGCUUUGGAACGACGAGAUAUUGGCCUCGAAUACGGAGCUCUGGGACGGCCGGGCGAGGAACGAAUUGAUGAAGUACGAGGAACAUUUGUACGAGUUUUACAAAAGGGGGGUGACGGAUCGGGGACAGAAAGUGUGGACCUUUUGGAACGCUGUAUUCUACUGCGGCACCAUAUACACCACCAUAGGUGAGUCAGAAAAUUAA